UCUAUAGGAUCGCUAUCAAUCAUUUUGUGUUGUAUUUAUUUCCAUCUCGGGGGAAGAUUUCUUUAAGAUUCAUCAAAACGCGCACUGACGGCGUCAGUGACCCGCCUCUUCCGGAGCGCCGCUCUCCGCGUCUGCAGGACUGGAGGUUUGUUGUGAAGAUGGCGGCGGUUUCGGGUGUUUAUGCGCCAGGCUGCAGCCCGGCUAGAGAGCUGGGGCCCGGGACACAGGGUGCGAGCCAGACCGGGGCCUCUAGCGCGGGGGGAAUGGCGAACGGGGAUCGUGCGAAGCAGGAUGCGGCCACAGAGAUGGAGAGGCUGAGCCGGGUGAAUGCUCUGCUCGAACGGCUCCACAGCAAGUACACAGCGGCACGGCCCUGGCAGGAGACCAUGAAGCUGGUGCGGCAAUCCAUGGAGAAGCGGGCUGUCUUGAAUGUAGGAGGACACCAGCACCUGGGGAGCUGUCUGGAGAUUCUGCAGAAAGCACUGAAGGUGACCUCGCUUCCCUCGAUGACUGACCGCUUGGAGUCAAUUGCACGACAGAAUGGGCUGGGCUCUCACCUGAGCCCCACAGGGACCGAGUGCUACAUCACCUCAGACAUGUUCUAUGUGGAGGUGCAGCUGGACUCAGGGGGGCAGCUGCUGGAUGUGAAGGUGGCUCAUCACGGGGAGAACCCAGCGAGCUGUCUGGAGCUGGUAAUGCACCUCAGGGAGAGGAACUUUGAAGAGUUUUCGAAGCACCUGAAGGGUCUCGUCAACCUGUACAAACUGCCGGGGGACGAUAAGCUCAAGACAAAGAUGUACCUAUCCCUGCAGUCUCUGGAGAUUGAUCUCAGUAAGAUGAUGCACAUGUUCAGGUCUGCUACUAACGCCAACACUGUGGAGACUGUCCUGCACGGCAGCGUGGGAUUGCUCACCAAGCGCAGCGGAGGUCACCUGAUGAAUCUCAAGUGCUACGUGUCUCCCUAUGACAUCUUCGAGGAGGGAACGGGGACCCUGCUCAACCUCAACGACAGCAACGUCCCGCGCUCGCUGGGUUUGAACGUGUCCGUGACGAUCGAAGGCACCGUCUCCCUGUACAAGCUGCCCAUCGCGCCGCUGGUCACCGGCUCACACCCCGUCGACAGCAAGGGCACGCCGUCCUUCUCCUCGGUAACGAAUACAAACUGCGUGGACCUGCCAGCCUGUUUCUUCCUGAAGUUGGAGCGGCCCAUGCCCGUCUGCCUCUCCUUCAUACAGAGACUGCACAGCUGCACCGGGAUCCCUGUGUUCGACGCCCCCCCUCCCCUGGCCCCUCUGUACGAGCUCAUCACUCGGAGCCAGCUGCAGGAGAAGGAGGGUGGGGCUGCGCUGCCUCCACACGCACACACCAUGCGCUUCUAUGCUUCCCUGCCUGGUCAGCAGCACUGCUACUUCCUGAACCGUGACGCCCCUGUGCACGAGGGCCGGAGCCUGCAGGGGGCGCUGCUGAGUAAGAUCCCGUUCCGCCACCCCGCCCAGGUACCCGCGUUGCUGGACCUGCUGCGCCACCAGGCUGCGUACAACACGCUGAUUGGGAGCUGCGUCAAGAGAACCCAGCUCCGGGAGGACACCCCAGGCCUGCUCCAGUUUGAGGUCUGCCCCCUCACUGACACCAGUUUCAGCGUCUCCUUCCAGCACCCCGUCAACGAGUCCCUGGUCUGCGUGGUGAUGGACGUGGUGGACUCGCGGCAGGUCUGCUGUAAGCUGUACAAGGGCCUGUCUGACGCACUGAUCUGCACUGACGACUUCAUCACCAAGGUGGUGCAGAGGUGCAUGUCUAUCCCGGUGACAAUGAGAGCGAUCCGUCGCAAGGCUGAGACCAUCCAGGCUGACACGCCAGCUCUGUCCCUCAUCGCCGAGACUGUGGAGGACAUGGUGAAGAAGAACCUGCCUCCUGCUGGCAGCCCGGGGUACGGCAUGGGCACCGGCAACGUGGGGGGGAACCCCCUGGGGACCCCCGGAGGAGGUGCGGGGGGCAUGACCCCGACAGGAGGUGGGUGCGGCAGCUCCUACCAGCCCGGGCCCAUCAACACCCUGUUCGGAAUGGGAAUGGUGCACAAGGACAGGCCACCUGUGGCAGGGGGGGACCCCUCAAACAUGGGGGUCUCGGGGUCUCAGCAGCAGCAGCAGGGCGGGGACGACUUCAGCAAGGUGACCCAGAACCCCAUUCUGACCAGCCUGCUUCAGAUCACCGGCAGCGUGGGCCCCGGCUCCACCCCGCCCCCCGGCCCUAACGGCCCCCCCUCCUCCUCAUCCUCCUCCUGCCAGCCCCAGCACACGCCCCCCACAGCCUCCUCCCCGGCCAGCAACACCAAGAACCACCCCAUGCUGAUGAACCUGCUGAAGGACAACCCGCCCCAGGACUUCUGCACUCUGUACGGCUCCAGCCCCCUGGAGAGGCAGAACUCCUCCUCGCCCCGGACUGACCCCUCUGGGGGACCGGGGGGCGGUGGAGGGGGGUCCUCCUCCUCCUCCUCGGGGGGCAAAUCCAAGAAGAAGCGCCCCCGCCCCUCAGACAGGCCCGGCGGGGGCGUAGGGGGGACCAGGCAGCCCCAGACAGAGGAGGAUUUCCACCGAGAGCUGUUCUCCAUGGACGCCGACGCCUCCUCGCAGAACCUGUUCGAUGUGAACCUACCGGGCGACGGACUGGACACCCCCCACACCCUCACCCCGGCGCCCAGCCAGUGCGGGACGCCCCCCACGGGAGCUCCCUAUCACCACCAGUCCGCCUCUGGCUCAGCCCCUUCCUCCCACCCCCACUCCCACUCCCACCCCCACCCGCAGCACAGCGGCAGGAUGGUGCGCCUCUCCAGCUCGGACAGCAUUGGUGCCGACGUCACAGACAUCCUGUCAGACAUCGCUGAGCAGGCAGGCAAGCUGGCCAGCCACCAGCUGCACCUCCACCAGCAGCAGGUGGGCGGGCUGGGCCCCGAUGACGGGGGUCUGGGAGCCCUGGGGAGCCUUGGUACCCCGAUUCGCGACUCCUCCAGCUCGGGGCAGGGCAGCACCCUGUUCGACCCGGAUGUUUUCAACGCCGGCAGCAACGAGAACCCCUUCUCCACGGACCCGGCUGACCUGAUCGCGGAGGCCAAUGCCACGGCAGGGGCCACGCCCAACAGCGACUCGUCGUCCAACAACUUCUUCCCCGACGCAGUGGACUUCAACCCUGAGCUGCUCACCAGCCAGGGCUUCCCCCCUUCUUACUUCGAAGACAGCAGCCCUAGUGCGGACGGGGACCUCGACCUGGUUAAGGGGUUCGGGGCCGGGGUCCCCCAGCAGCAAGCCAUCACCCCCUUACCCCAGAGCGGGAGCCAGGGACACCCCCACUCGCACCCCCACCACACCCCGGACUCGGGGCUCAAAGACCCUUUUGAGAUGAAUAUGUUCGGGGGCAGCGCGGGCGGGGGUAAGCCUCUGAUGGGGGGUCCCCUGCCCAGCUCAGACCUGGGGGAGCCCCAUUCCUCUCACUCCACUCACUCAGGGGGCAACCAGAGCCCCCUGAUGAUGGGACUGGGAGGCGGUGGAGGGCCGAUGGGAGGCAGCGACUAUGGGAAGGGAGAUUCCGCCAAGGCUGCCAAGCAGCAGCAGCAGAUGAUGAGGGGGGGUAAAGAGGGGGCUGGCUCCGGCCCAGGAGGGGCGGGUAUGGGAUCUUCGGAAGGCAAGCAGGGCAAGCGCAGCCGCACCCCCUCCAGCGAUGGCAAGAACAAAGAAAAGCCCCCCAAGCGCAAGAAGCUGGACCCCGACGGCAAGUCUCCGUCCCACAGCUCAGGGGGGCGGCCCUUCACCCCCCCCUCCAGCGCAGCCGCUGCCGGGGGGGGCUCCAAAUCCCCAGGGAGCUCCUCGGGUCGAUCCCAGACACCCCCCGCAGGGGGCGCAACACCCCCCAUCCCCAAAAUCACCAUCCAGAUCCCCAAGGGUACGCUGAGCGGGGGUAAGACCUCCUCCCAUGGGGGCUACACCUCCAGCAGCUCCGCGGGGGGUGGCGGGGGCACGGGGGGAGGCAGCAAGAGCCACCACUCCCACUCCUCCUCCUCCUCCUCUUCAUCAAAGACCAAGGGCAGCAAGGGGGAGGGCUCCAUGGGCCAGGGCAGCUCAAAGCUGGGGGCCGGGGGGGCCAUAGGGGGGCCCCUGGGGGUACAGUCCAAGACACAGGGCCUGGGAGGUGGAGGUGGGGGGAAGCCUGGCUCCUCUCCCAUCUCCAAGCACGGCCUGAGCAGUGGAGCAGGAGGAGGAGGAGGAGGAGGGGGUAAGAUGAAGCCGCAGGGGGGCAAACCUCCUGGGUCCCUCCUCAACCCUGGCCUGGGCAAGCCCAACAUCUCCCCUUCCCACUCCAGGGGCCCAGGUGGGGGGUCUGGCGGCUCGGAGAAGCUAUGCUCCCCGAUGAAGCCGCAGCAGCUCCCCGGAACACCCCCCUCCUCGAAAGCCAAGUCCCCCAUGGGCUCGGGGGGCUCACACAUGUCCGGAGGGGGGUCCAAAUCUUUCUCGGGCGGGGGUGGAGGGAUGGGGUCCCAGAAACAGCAAGGGGUGUCCUCAUCUAACCCCUCUUCCUCUAGCUCCUGCUCUUCCUCCGGCUCUUUUGCCGCCCAGUCGCAAUAUGGGGGAGGGGGCGGGGGAGGAGGAGGAGGAGGGGGUGGGGGGGGUGGGGGAGGGAAUAACCCCAACGCCAAGGGCAAGUCUCCCAGCAGAAACAAGAAGCCCUCCCUCACUGCGGUCAUCGACAAGCUGAAGCACGGAGUGGGGACCACCGGGGGGGGCCCGGAGGAAGGGUGCGAGGGAGGGGGGCACCCCGGCAUGGGGUCCCAGCCCCAGCACGGCUCCAAACACCUGUCUGGGGGUCCCGGUGGGGGGGAGUACUCGUCCGGGAAGAGGGAGAAAGGAGACAAGGAGGGCAAGUCCAAGGUGCCUGUCUCCGGGGAGAAGAAGAACGCGGACUGCAAGGGGGGCAGCACUGGGGUGGCCAAGAUCAUCAUCAGCAAGCCGGAGGGCGGCUCCCCCAGCAUCAAGGCCAAGGUUACCCUGCAGAAGCCCGGGGGCGGGGGCGAUGGCUCGGGGGACGGGCUGAGGGCGCAGAUAUCGGGGUCCAAGGCGUACGGGUCCCCCCUCUUCAGCGGCUCCACCCCCAAGCAUGAGCGCUGCUCCCCCAGCCACAGCAAGUCCCCCGGGUACACCCCUCAGAACCCCGACAGCGAGAGCGAGUCCGGCAGCAGCUCUGUGGCAGGGAGGUCCCACCAGAACAGCCCAAGCUCUGAGGAAGAGCAGCUCUCCCUGCGGCCCCUGCAGCAGCAGCAGCAGCAUGAGUUCACAGCCAGCAGCGACAAGCACAGGAAGCACAAGAAGAAGAAGCAGAGGGAGCGAGAGCGGGAGAAGGACAGGGAGAAGAAGAAGUCCUCCUCUUCCUCCUCCUCAGCCUCUCAUGCCCUCAAGGCGGACGGCUGGUCCAAGUCUCCUCUUGUGGCCCCCGAGUCUGCACUGACCCUUCUGGGGCCCGACCGCCAGGCCCGCCCCUCCCCCGGGUACCUGCGCAGCGAGGACGAUGACCUCAUGGACUCUGCGCUCACCGGGAAUCUGGAGCCCUUCCUGAACAAGUAGAACACGCAGCCGGGCCGGGCCGGGUUGCUUUAAACAGCUGCCAGUCCCGCAGCAGCCAGGCUGGGGCAUCUUUAUCUGUGAAGGGACCUGAUACAGUAACAUUUAAGGCUGGUACAAUUCUGUCAACCGUGAGCCGAAGUCCAGUGAAUAAUAGGAUCGUGAGAUCUGUACUGGGCCUGCGAGUCACGCAACAUGACCGCUUUUCCAGUUUAUCCCUUUUUUGAGUUUGUUGAAACACCCCCCAUAUACUCAGUUGGUGCACUGAAGAAGCCACAAGCCGGCUUGUUUCUUAGAAUUUAUUGAAAACCUCUCUUUGCUGUAACCCAAUAUCCCAGUGCUUUGAAUAAUAAUAAUAAGAUCUGUGCUGAGGAUGUAAGGUAACAGCAAACAAAUUACUGAAUGUAGAUGGAGUUUUAAGAGGGGCAUGCCUCGUUAGCAUUUUAAAGUACUUCUUUUUUACCUUAUUAAAGUAUAGCUUUUGUACAGAUGCCUUGCUUGUGAGCAUUGCUGAGAAGUUGUGUUUGUGAAUGCUGUGGUUCAAAGAGUCUUGCUUGCCCAGGCAGGCUUCAUGCAUCGAGUGAUGGGGUUACACGGGAAGCUGACACACACACACACACACACACGUAGGCUGAUGUUUUGCACCAAUGUAGAGCUAUCUAGCAGCGUGCCCAGCCAUCUGCAAAUUAUCCUGCUGGGUAACAAAGAAUAUGUAAUCUGUGUUUUUAUAGUUUGUCAUGUUUUGUUUUUAUAUAUAACCCAGACUGGAGAUUUUAAUACUUUUUGUUCUUUUUGAAAUGUUUUAUUCUCUUUGCUGUAAUGCUCGGUUGCUUUUUGGAGCUGAGCUGACACUUUUUUUUGCAAUGUUUAAAAACUACAACAACGCAAAAAUGAACGGACGGGAAAUAUGUUGUGAUGCUUUUUAAAUAAAUGUUUUGUGGACAAA